GGGGUCAUGCAGUUUGACCAAUCCCUGAGUUUUUGCAGAGUCCGUGUCAACAAGUGAAGUGGCCUGUCAUUUCACGACGACGGGCCGCCCAUGGAAACCCGAACGACUUCUUCGUCUGCUUGUUUCUAUUCGCCGCCGCCUCCUCCUUUAAGCCGAAGGAGAGGGUCUCGAGCAUCGGUUUUUUGACUGAAUGUUUCACUGAUUGAUUGCGAUCACAGAUCUCCUUCUUGGUCUCCUUCUUCUUCUUCUUCUUUGCCGGCUGCUGUUCCUCGGACUUCAGGAGAUGGUGUCGUGAGUGGACUGACGCAGUGAUUGGUUGGUACCCUGAUCUUCUACUUCUUCUUUGCCUCCUCCUCCUCCUCCUCCUCCUCCUCCUCCUCCUCCUCGAAUUUGACGGAGAGGGUCUCAUGCUUUGACUAUGUUAAGCGCACUGAUUGAUUCUUCGUCUUCGUCGCCUUGAAGCUGGGGAAGGCGAUCUCCCCCUGAUUGAUUCUUCGUCUUCGUUGCCUUGAAGCUGGGGAAGGCGAUCUCCCCUAUUGACCGGCCGAGCGACUGCUUUAUUAACUGACUGAUUGGUUGAUUGGUUGAUUGGUUGGUUGGUUGGUUGGUUGGUUGAUUGGUUGGAUGAGGUGAUGAGGUUGAUUGUCGCCACGUGGUUUCUGUGAUUCACCUUGUACCUUGAAAGAGAGCGCGGUGGGCUGGCAACGCUGGUGCCCUGUGGUGGUGGGCAGCAGACAAGAUGUUAAACCACUUGCAGCAGAUUAUCAUUCAUCUCAACCUCCAUCAGCAGCAGCCGAGGGCGAAGCAUUUUCCCUGCGCAGCUCAUCCCAGGCCGGAAGACAACAUCCACUUGCCCUUCACUGCAGCUGAGGUCGACCGACCAUCGCCCCGGCGGUGAUUGUGAUCACAUCUGGGCUGAUUUUCCUUCACUGAUCGAUCACUCGAUUCCGCGAUGUUCGAGUCAGCAGGCAGCAUGGGCGCGCCAGCCCACGAAGCCGCGACACCGAAGCUGAGAUCCCAAUCCAGUGACGUCACUGAGCUGCGCAAUUUGUUCGACAAGCAGAAAGAGUACGUGAACUACUUCUUCGAGAAUCUGGAUCUCGACCAGGUGGAGAGAUUCACCCAGUUGCUGAUGGGAUGCAAAGGUGUGAUCAUAUUCACUGGGGUAGGGAAGAGUGGGUUCAUAGCUCAGAAAAUUUCGCAGACGCUGGUGUCGACAGGAACCAAAUCGGUGUCAAUUUCGCCUACGGAUGCUCUGCACGGAGACCUGGGAAUCGUGGGGGAGGAGGACAUCAUCGUGCUAUUCAGCAAGAGCGGAUCGACGGAGGAGCUUCUGAAACUCAUCCCGUAUGCGAAGGCCAAGGGCGCCUACUUGAUUGGAGUGAGCUGUGUGAAGGGGAGUAGCCUGGAGAAACUGUGCCACAUGCACGUGCAUCUGCCGCUGGUCAGGGAGCUCUGCCCUUUCGACAUGGCGCCCGUCACCUCCACGGCCAUCCAGAUCUUGUUCGGCGACACUGUCGCCAUAGCUCUCAUGCAAGCUAAACACCUAACGAAAGAGGAGUACGCCCUCAACCACCCAGCAGGAAGAAUUGGAAAGCGACUGAUCCUCAAAGUGCAGGAUGUGAUGAGGCGAGCUGAAGAGUUGCCGUUGUGCAGAGAGAAUGAUUCGCUGAUGGACUCGUUCGUGGAGCUGUCCGCCAAGGGAUGUGGAUGUCUGUUGGUGACAGACGACAAGAGGAAGCUACUGGGAAUCUUCACGGACGGCGAUCUACGGAGAGCACUCAAUAAGUUGGGAGGUGAUGUCCUGCAGAGGACGGUCGGGGAGCUGUGUCAUCGCCGCCCACGAGUGAUUUCGUCGGACGCCAUGGCCGUGGAUGCCAUGCGCAAAAUGGAGAAGCCAGCUCCCAUAACCUGCUUGCCAGUGGUCGGUAAAGACGUUAAUAAGAGCUACAACGUCGUUGUGGGCCUGGUCACUCUCCACGACUUAGUUGCAGCUGGCCUGUAAUGUGAUCAUCACUGCCAGCUGGCUCUGUUUAACGAACUGUUUUGUCGAAGUUUCACCGACUCAUCAGGAGGCUGAACUAUAUAUAUAUAUAUAUAUGAAUGCCAGCUGUACAUAACGUUAGGAAUGAGUGUUGCCAGCCAGGCGGAUGGAGGCGAAGCAUUUCGGCCUCACCAGCCGUCUUGCUAUGAAAGGAUCGUGAUCAUAAAUUAUUAUCAUCAACGCUCUGCCGAUCUGACAGCUGCGUUGCAAAUCACUUGACAAGUAUAUAAGUCGCAUGCAUGAGGGAGAUAAACUCUUCUGAAACAGUUGGUUAUUCCUGUCAUCCUAGAAAAAUUUCAUGAUGAUUCCCCUUGUUGCUUGGGCAACAAAAAGCCAAUUAACUU